AACCCCGUUGCUAGUCCCUUUGGAUAAGGACCUUUCAUCUAUCUCGCCCUUAACUUUACCCUCUUCAAACAAUCUCUCCAACUAUUAUUAUUCUAUUUCAAUCCCAUCAUCGAUUAUCAAUCAACCCUUACAUAACUUUUCCAAAACCUGCUUUCUUUUUCUCUGUCUAUCGUUUUGUAUAAACUCAUUGGGAUUCAAACUUUAUUUGGCUUAUAAACAGAGAUUCGAGCUCUGGGUUGUUUUGGGUUGAUUUUGUUGUCUGACAAUGGCGAGUGCUAUCAGGAUGAUUGGUGGGAAAGGUUCUUCUUCAUGGAUGCAAGUUAAAGAAAAGGGAAAGAAGAAGACUGCGAACAGAGUUAGAGUUUGUUGUUCUGCUUCUUCUCAUAUUGAUCCAUACAAAACUCUCAGGAUCCAACCCGGCGCAUCUGAAUCUGAGGUCAAAAAGGCCUUCAGGCAACUUGCCCUUCAGUAUCAUCCGGACGUUUGCAGAGGAAGCAAUUGUGGGGUUCAGUUUCAAACAAUCAAUGAAGCUUAUGAUAUUGUGAUGAAUAAUUUGAGAGAGCAAUCGAGCCAGUCAAAAAUGUUUGAGCAAGGAACGGAUGAGCCACUGAGAGGAAUGGACCGUACAGAUUAUGAUUUGUGGGAAGAGUGGAUGGGAUGGGAAGGAGCUGGAAUUCGUGACUACUCAUCCCAUAUUAAUCCUUACAUUUGAACAAAACCGUAAAUUAAUUUUAUUUAUUAUUACUAUUAUUAUGACUAAUGACGAAUGAUCCCACAUGGUUUCGACAACCUAAAAUGUUGGUUGUUCCUUUGUAUAUGCCUCAAAAGUGAAGAACAAUUGCUUGAUGCUUCAAUUUAUUCCUGAGGUAAAAGCAUCAGAAAAUAAACAAAGAAAUUGAGUUUAUCAUCA